AGCGCAGCCAUUGUCCCGCGCGCGGACGUUUUUUGUCUCCGCGCACCUCGGUCCUUUGGAGGUUAAGCCGAGUGGCCUUGCGGAUGCCGACUAGGGGAGGGGACAGAAGUAGCUUAACCCGAGUCUGUCGUGUGCAGAAUCGGGGCACAGAGUUGCUUAACCGAGCUCGUCUUGCCGCAGAGCCGUGCUGGGCACUAAGGCUGGGACAGGCCCUGCCUGGCCCUCGACCCGGUGGACGCCCAGCUCAGGACCUCAGGCCCCUGCCUGUGCCUGGAGGAGAGCAUGGAAGAGUGGGAUGAGAAGCCCCCGGGACCCCUGAAGGCCAGCGCGCAGGACUGUCUCCUUUCUCAGGAGAUUAUCAUCAAGGUCGAGAGAGAUGAUGCUGGGUCACUGGCCGUUGCAUCCCAGGAAGGAGUGAACUUCCAAAGAGUGACUGUGGACUUCACUCAGGAGGAAGAAGGCACUUUGAACCCUGCCUGGAGGACCCUGGACAGAGAUGUGAUCCUGGAGAACCACAGGCACCUAGUCUCUUGGGACUCGGCAACUGCACUUGGAAGAAGAGAAUCAACAUCAAAGCAGAGCAUUUUUGGUGAUGAAGCAUCCCACAGAGUGAAGAUAGAAAGGUUGACAAGAGAUGAUCCUUGGUUAUCUUCAUGUGAAGAAGUUCAGGAUUGUAAGGAGCUGUUGGAGAAGCAACAGGAAAAACAAGAGAGACUUUUGAAGGAAGUGACAUUCACUCACAGAAGAGCUGUUAGUCAUGAGAGAGCCUGCAAAAGUGAUGACCUUGAGGAGAAGCGUGGUCUGAAUUCCAGUCUUCUUUCACCACAGGUGAUACCCAUAAGAAACCAUUUUCAUAAACAUGCUUCACAUGUUAAAAAAUUGCAUUAUAAUUCUAUGGUAAACACUCAUCAGAUGAUUAAUGAUAGUGAGAAACUCUGUGAAAAUAAAGAAUGUGGAAACCUCCCCCAAAGCAUUCAUUUUAUUCAGUUUACAAAAACUCAAACAGAAGAUAAAUCCUAUGGAUUUAGUGACAGUAUUCAACAUUUUAGCCGUGAUAAACCCCUAAAUCUACAUGAGAAAAUACACGCACAAGGAAGAUCCUUUGAUUUUAAGGAAUGUGGGCAAGUUCUGAACCACAGUAUAUCCCAUAAUGAACAACAGAGAAUCUCUGUUGAAGAGAGUCAGUAUAAAUGUAAUAAAACCUCCCAGAGUUCAUCCCUUGCUCAAAACAUGAGAAAUCACUCUGAAGAGAAACCCUUUGAAUGUAAUCAGUGUGGGAAAUCCUUCAGCUGGAGCUCUCAUCUUGUUGCACAUCAGAGAACUCACACAGGGGAGAAACCUUAUGAAUGUAACGAAUGUGGGAAAUCAUUCAGCCGCAGCUCUCACCUCGUUUCCCAUCAGAGAACUCACACUGGAGAGAAACCUUAUAGAUGUAAUCAGUGUGGGAAAUCCUUUAGCCAGAGCUAUGUCCUUGUCGUGCAUCAGAGAACUCAUACUGGAGAGAAGCCUUAUGAAUGCAGUCAGUGUGGAAAGUCAUUCAGGCAGAGCUACAAACUUAUUGCACAUCAAAGAACUCAUACUGGAGAGAAGCCCUACGAAUGUAAUCAAUGUGGGAAAUCAUUUAUCCAGAGCUAUAAGCUUAUUGCCCAUCAAAGAAUUCAUACUGGAGAAAAGCCCUAUGAAUGCAAUCAAUGUGGGAAGUCCUUUAGUCAAAGUUACAAACUUGUCGCACAUCAGAGGAGUCACACAGGAGAAAAACCCUUUGAAUGUAAUCAGUGUGGAAAAUCUUUCAGCUGGAGUUCUCAACUUGUUGCACACCAAAGAACUCAUACUGGAGAGAAACCCUACGAGUGUAAUGAGUGUGGGAAAUCUUUCAACCGCAGUUCUCACCUUGUUAUGCAUCAGAGAACUCAUACUGGAGAAAAACCCUAUGAAUGUAAUCAAUGUGGGAAGUCCUUCAGCCAGAGUUAUGUUCUUGUUGUACAUCAGAGAACUCAUACUGGAGAAAAGCCCUAUGAGUGCAGUCAGUGUGGGAAAUCUUUCAGGCAGAGUUCAUGCCUUACUCAACAUCAGAGAACUCAUACUGGAGAGAAACCCUAUGAAUGUAAUCAAUGUGGAAAAACAUUCAGCUUGAGUGCUCGACUUAUUGUACAUCAAAGAACUCAUACUGGAGAGAAACCCUUUACAUGUAAUCAGUGUGGGAAAGCUUUCAUUAAUAGUUCUAAACUUAUUAGGCAUCAGGCAACUCAUACUGAAGAGAAACCCUAUGAAUGUAACUAGUUUGGAAAUCUUUCAGCCAGAGUAUAUCCCUCCCACCCUCCCUCCUUCUCUCCCUUCCUCCCUCCUUCCCUUCCUCCCUCCCUUCAGCCCCUCACUUCCUCCUUCCCUCCUUCCAUUCCUCCAGGAUUACAUGUAUUGGAAAGAACUACCAUGAAAACAAUGUGCGUGGAAAAAGCUUUCAGUUAGCUCUCUGUUAUUGUGUAUCUGGAAAUUUGUUCUGGGGAAGAAAUAGAGAAAAACUGUGAAUCACAUAUUUUACUUAGCAAUUCCAUGUUAAAAAAUCAAACUUGGCCCUAAUAACACAUUCCCACAAAAGUAAUAACUAUUGGCACUUUUCCUUGCAGAAAGCACUUCGACCUGAGUUUGAGAGAAUUAUCAUUAAAUGGGCAAUAUGCUGUGGAGUGAUUGCCAGUGAGGUGGACCUCUUUUCCAAUAAAGAAUAAAUGAGAAUGCUAAUACCGGUGGGCUUGUUGUUGAGAAGGUUGGGAAA